UGCCUUCCAGACACACAAACGUCCUGACAAAGAGUCUGCAGUGUGCUGCCAGUCUGUGAGCUGGAGAGACACUCAGACCAGAAACACAAGAAAGAUCUUUGUAGAUCAACUUUUCUUGUAACUUUUUGUAUUUUUUUCCCCAACGGUGGAUGCAAAGAGAAGACCUACUUUUACUUUUCUUAUUUCCUCAGGCGGUUUGUUAAUUUCCACAGAGAGCUGCAAUGCUUCUACUCUACCUCCUGACGUUUGCUGCCACCGUCCAAGCACAAAGCCAACUGUUGCCUGGCUCCUGCAACUUUGAGUCCAACACCUGCGGAUACACAUCAGAUGCAGACUUCACGAGCUGGACCCUGCACAAAGACGGGCGUUUUGUUGCGGUGGAUGCAGCCCCAGCGGAUGUUCAGGAUGAUGAGACAGCUGCAGAAACUGGACCGCAGGAAGAGACCAUAGGGGUCCUUCUGAGCCCGGCUCUGGAGCAGGGCGAGUGGAGCUGUCUGAGGCUCGUCUAUCAGAUCACCGGGUCAGGGAGCCUGACGGUGCUGCAGCGCACUGAGGGGAAGAGCUUCGACAGGCCACUGUGGAGCAGCCAGGAGUCCUCUGACAGCUGGGUCAUCUCAAGCAUGGACCUGCAGAACAACACUGAGCCUUACACGGUCGUGAUUGAAGGUAAACCUGCAGGGAGCCCUGGGAGCAGCGUGGCCAUCUUUGAGAUCCACAUCAGCCCCGGAUACUGCCUGGAUUGUGAUUUUGAGGAGUCUCACCUGUGUGGAUACAAUAAUCUAUGGAACGCAAAUGUAAACUGGUACGUGGGAGGUGGAAGGGGCCAGCUCCUUCACAACAACAUGCCAAACGACCACACAUACAACAACAAGACGGGUCACUUGAUGUAUGUGGACUCGAUCUACGCUAAGACCUUCAAAGAAGUGGCCAAGCUGAUUUCUCCGAUGACGAUGGUGCCGAUGUCCGGCUGCCUGAGCUUUCAGUACCAGCGAAGUGAGGAGAGAGGAAACCUGUUCUCUGUGUUCACCAGGGACAAACUGGGUCAGUACCAGGAGCUGUGGAGGGCGGGCACAGAGAACCAGAGCGACUGGAGCGGGACGCUGGGGGAAUGGAUACCUGUGCAGGUGGACCUGAAGGCCCCAUACUCUGUACAGGUGGUCUUUGAAGUGGCCUUUAACAGCCCGAGAGGCGGACGCGUUGCAGUUGAUGACAUUUCCUUUUCUCCAGAGUUUUGCAGCACAGACUCUGAGCCGACUUUCGACCCCUCCGUGGCUAACUGUGACUUUGAGUCAGGUCUCUGUCGGUACACUCAGGACCAGGUGGUGGGCUCGUGGAAGAAGGUGUCUGUGAAGCCGAACAUAUUCAGGAACGGAGAUCACACCACAGGAGCAGGAUCUUUCCUGUUGGCUCACUCGCGGCUGAACCCUCAGUCCGGUUACGUUAACCGUCUGAUUAGUCCAACUCUCCCGGGGAACAUGAAGUUCUGCCUGAGAUUUUACUUCUCUCUGAGGGGAAUAACUCUGGCAACGGCAGGUUUCAACCAGACAGACCGAGCUCUCGCUGUUUAUCUGCAACAGCAGCAGCAGAGCAGCAGCCAGGAGAAGAUCUGGACCCAAGGAGAGAAAUCCAGAGGAAUCUGGAUCGGAACAGAUGCCACCUUCCAGACAUCAAAGCCUGCCAAGGUGGUCUUCGUCAGCACCUGCAGGAGCUUCUGGGACUGCGGCUCUGUGGCUUUAGACGAUAUCAGUGUUAGCCUCGGAGACUGUGAGCUAACAGCAGCUUCGUUGUUGUCGUCUCUCCCGGGACAUUGUGACUUUGAAGCAGGUCUGUGCGGUUACACUCAGGACAAGCACAGCGAUGACGCUGACUGGGAGUGGAGGAGAGGACCCACCCCGACAUCAUACACCGGACCCAGGGGAGACCACACCACAGGACUGGGAUACUACAUGCACCUGGAGGCGUCCCCCUUGCUGCCUGGUCAGAGAGUCCGACUGUUGUCCUCCGUCCUGAGGGGCUCCAGGGGGCCUCAGUGUCUGCGUUUCUUCUACCACAUGUACGGCUCCGGCACGGGACAGCUCAGCAUCCGUCUCAGCAAGGACGGAGAGGAUGUGUUGCUGAGACAACUGAGCGGCGAGCAGAGCAUCGCCUGGCUGAGAGCGACGGUGGAGUACCAGAGUGACAGCCAGCAUCAGAUUGUGUUUGAAGCCACCAGGGGCUCAUCAGUAAGGAGUGACAUCGCCAUCGAUGAUAUUAUUUUGGAAGGUGGACCCUGCUCAGAAAUGGAGAUCAAGGCCUCUGUGGGAACCUCCAAUGAGAUCGAGUAGCAGAGGCGAGAGGAUCUGCUGCGUAGGAUGCAUGAACGCUGUACUUUUUUGCACAUUACAGACUCCUGACUCCUACAUGGUCACCAGAACAUGUAGGGAUGUGGCUAAAAGGACAAAAAAUUCUCAUGUAGUGCUGUUUUCAUGGAGCAACACAUAUCAGUUGUGUCAUAGUCAGCAUUUCUCUCUGCACUGUAGCGUCAGAGGGCGUGUUAAACUGUGUGUUUCUUCCACUUUAUAUGCAUUAGAUUAAUGCCUAUUUCUCAAAUAAAUCCAGAAAGUUAAUCCACA